AUGGCCGACUCAGACAGAGACCCUGAAAAGCUCUGGCUCGAGACGCCUCUGGUGUACUCUCCACAUAUAUCCGCAAGGCUGGGAUAUAUACCACGAUCAUCCUUGUAUCACACAGACCCUCCAACCAUCGCAAUCCUUCAAGUACCGCGGAAUAAUGCCGGCCUAGCCGUCGCUUGUGUGAGCAAAAGGCUGGGGGCACGAUGCACCGUGUACUUGCAUGAAGGCGUCAGCGCAUCUACGAUCGAUUUCUUACAGCGAGAAGGGCGGAGGGUGAUGGUGCCGCCGCAUGACGACCCCACUGGUAUCGCUCGCCAGCUCCCACCGGGAAUCAAGCCUGAUGCUGUCUUCUGCAGCGUCGGCGGAAGAGGGCUGGCCGGAGGCAUAAUGUACGGCUGCAAAUCUAUUGGAUGGGAUGACGUGCUCCUUGUCGCAUUGGAGCCAACCGGCUCCAACUGCUUCUACCACGCGCCGGCGUCCAGCACUCUCCCAGAAGACAUUUGCGUAGAGCAUAAUGCCAUUCACAAUGUGGAAGUAGCUCACCUAUCCAAGUUGACUUCCCGGGCCAUUUCCCUCGGAGCUUCCUCUCCCGCAGCAACAGUCGUGAAGAUGGCACUGAAGAGAAGCGGAGGUGCCGAAAGCGUGUGCAUGCCUGACGAGACGAUUAUGCAAGCUGCACUUCUCUUUGCAGAAGAGUACAAGGUGCUAGUGGAGCUUGCUUGCGCAGCCACACUCACCCCUGCAUACAAACCGGAUUUAUUCAACAAGCUUUCACCACCGUCGUCAACGACGACACCGAGAACGGCAGUCUUCAUUGUCUGUGGCGGGUUCAAGAUUUCGUUGGAGGGGAUGGAAGAGUACAAGAAGCUUCUUGAGGCAGACGCAGAGCGCGGUGGACAGUGGACAGUGCUGUGCCAUGGCGAGCAAUGGGACGUCACGGUGGAGAAAUGA